AUGGACGUAAUUGCGGAUCCUGAUCCUGCUUCAGACACUGCGUUAACUAUGGAUAUGACAGGGACUAUGUCGGACACCACACCAACUAUGGACGUAAUUGCGGAUCCUGAUCCUGCUUCAGACACUGCGUUAACUAUGGAUACGGCUACAUGGACCAUGUCAGAUACCGCACCGACUAUGGACGUAGUUGCAGAUCCUAAUUCAUACAUCGCACCCGUUCAGUAUAUAGUUGAAAAACCUAUUUCAAACAUAGCAUCUACCAUGAACAUGGUCACAGGGACUAUCUCGGACACUAUAUUGACUAGGAAAAAGAUUAUUUUGAGUACCACAUCGACUAUGAACAUGAUUACAGGGACUAUUUCGGACACAGCACCUACUAUGGAUAUAAAUAUGGGGACUAUGUCAAGUACUGCACAAGUAAAGAAUAAAGUUACAACACCUGUGAGCUAUGUCACAACAACACCAAAUCCAAGUUCAUCCAAUCAACCUAUUUGUCAUGCUAUUAGAAAUGAUGGAAGUAUGUUUACUGUAUCAGAUCUUAAGUGUUUAAGCUUGACACCAAAAUUUCGGCAAUCCAAGUUUUGUCCGUCAAAUAUGAGAAUCUUUACUGAUGGUCCUACUAGAUUAAAAAUAAACGACAAUAGUUACAAUAUUAGUGAUAUUGUCUCCAACAAUUGUUACAAUUAUCCGAACAGCAACUCUUGUAAAAGAGGUAAUACUGAUAGUUACUGUGGGAUUUCACGCUGUGUUGUAUCAUGGGCACAUGAUAUUAAUGUACAAAUUAAUGGGGAGACCGUGAGAAUGAUAGCUCACAGUCCUAUUGGAGGGACGAACUAUUGGACGGUUACCUCCAACAUAUUUGAUGGUAUAACAAUAAAAUCUCAAUACAAAGCUUUGACUGAUUGUAUCAGCCAUUCAUGUAUUAAUUGUUUUGCAUCGCCAUUUACCUGCAAACCAAAUGAGGAAUGCAAAUACGCAUGA